AUGCACGACACUCUCGAGGCAUAUAUCGAUGGAAAGAUCCAUCCGUUGAUAAGGAGCCGCAUCUGGCCGCGCAUCCUGGUCUGUGGCUACUAUGCCCGGAAUGCUCCCAAUGUAUAUAUUUCACCCAUUGAGAAACGGGAAAAACGAUUCAAUUGGCACCGACCAAUAGCUGUGAUCGUCGACGAUAUGACGCUGGAGAUCAGAUGUUUCCCUGGACGAGACUACGUGCAACAUUAUGCUCUCCUCAUCGCAUAUCAUCUUAACUUGAACUCGAUCAAGGCCCCUGACUCAGUGGUAGAAUAUCUUCUACCUUCUUCAGAAGCUUGUAUGGAUAUUCUCUCGCAGUCGAAUUUGCGAUUUAUGGGCGCUGUCGACACAGUCAUCCUCGGGUAUGUGGACCAUCUGGCCACCAACGAGGAUUAUAUCUGGGAGACAGGGACAGAUGCCCCGGAUCAGUUAUUUGCAUGGAAACGCUUCUACCUGGCUGAUGGAAGUGUUAUUGCCUUUGUGGGAAGCAUGAUGAGCCUUUGGGGCGAUAUCAUUGGAAAUACCGUUCGCACAAUGCGAACCCAGAACAACAUAUCCAGUGUUCUUUACAUGGGAAAGGCAGGGUCAUUGAGGACCCAAGAUGUGCCAAAUCAGGUGCUAGUUACUGGCGAAUUGAGUCGCGUGGAUGGCAAGCUUCUUUCUUGGGAAAGCCCACUCCGUACGACACUAUCGACAAUGAAAAUCGAACACCUGUGCCAGGGAACUCACAUUACGGUGCCAAGCCCCUUGAUCGAAACUGAAGAGUGGCUGGCCAACAAUAAGCAGGAUGCGGACUGGGUGGACUGCGAGGUCGGUUACCUAGCAGAAGCCUGUCAAGACAACAAUAUUCAAUUUGGCUAUUUGCACUUCAUUUCAGAUAAUGUGGCACAAAAAUACAUAUAUAAUCUUGCAACAGAGCGCCAGCAAGCUGUUAUAAGUGCACGGAAGGGUAUUUGGGACAAGGUUCGGCAAGUGCUGGCCACACAUCUAGGUAUAGAGGACUUGGGGGGAAGCAUGCAGGGGCAUUAUUGUAAAAUAUAG